AUGAUAUAACAAACCAAUAGUGAUUUUUUAACCUGUAUAUGUUGCAACAGAUUUUACAAUUUGGUCGAGAGAGUACCAAUAUAACUACCUUGCGAGGAUGUCAUCUGCCAAUAAUGCUACAACAUUCAAAAGGAUUAAGUUUAGAACUAGCAGAUUUAAUGUCCCUUUGAUAUUACCCAUCUUUGUGAUAUUAAUCAUCCGAUCAGAAAGCCUCUGUAUUUAAUGAGAAAUCUAGAAAAGCAUAAUUUUCAUUUGAUUGUUUGUACUCAGCAUCCAACAGAGUAUGCUAACAUAUAUUGCAAGUAGUUCAAUAAAAUCAUUUGUGCUAGAUGCUUUUAAUAAGAACCUCACCCCCAUUUCUAUAAAGAUUAAACAACUCAUGUUUUUAUAGACAGAAAAUACUUUGAAGAAUCAUUUGAGAAAAUGAUUACUAUAAACAAAAAUGAAAUAAGAAAAAUUUAGAAUCUUGAGAGCUACGAGGAACUAAAUUAAGUUGAAGAAUAGGAAGAAAUAAAAGAAGAAAUAGUAUUAUUUGCUAAUGAGCUUGAAAAAAAUCAAAAUGUAUAAUAAGAAAUAAUCAUAUAAGAAUAGAAAAAUUAUCUUGAAGCCUUAACUAUUCAGUAUUUGGAUGAGAAUGAUUUGCUUAAAUACUAUGAGUUCAGAAGAUUGAUAGAGCUUCAUGUCAGCAAAGACAGAAUUAUUUCUAACCUCUUGAAAAUAAAAGGUUCAACAAAGCUUUUGUAUAAAGCAACAAGAGAUGGUUUUAAGGCAGCUAAUUUUCAUUCAUUGUGUGAUAAUUAAGGGCCAACUAUUACUUUCAUUCUGAGUAAAUCAGGAAAUGUAUUUGGAGGAUACACUUCAGUAUCUUGGACAUGUCCUUAGAAGAAUGAGAGUUACGCCGAUAAUAAUUCUGUGAUAUUUCAACUUAAUUUGAAUAAACAAUAUGAAAAAUUUCAGCAUCUAGAUUUUGCUGUCUAGCAUAAUAAAAAAUUCCUCAUGAUCUUUGGUAGAGGAGAUAUAAUUAUCAAUUAAGACUGCAAUGUUAAUUCUGAGAGUACUUCAGAAUUAGGCUAAACUUAUGAACUUGCGAAAGGAAGAAAUCCAAAAAAUAAAUUGACAUAACAAUAUCUUGCUGGUAGCGAAUUUUUUCAAGUUAUUGAAAUUGAAGUCUAUCAAGUAAAACUUUGA